CGUGACUUGUCAGUUGAUUUCCGGCGCUCGUUCCAGUCCUUUUCAGCAAAAUGGCUCCCAAACCGAAGCCCACGAAGGAGACAGGUGGCAAGCCAGCAGAGAAGAAAACCGAGAAAAAAGCUGAGAAAAAGCCAGCGACAGUUGCAUCUACCUCGAAGGUGACAAAACCAGCGGCUAAACAACCAGCGAAGGAUGCUGCCAAGGCUGCCAAACCCGCUGCCAAGGCAGCAGCCAAGGGUCAAAAGGGUGCAGCUAAAACAGCUGCAAAACCAGCGACCAAAGCAGCACCUAAACCAGUGACUGCCAAGCCCAAGGUGAAGGCUGUUGCUCCAGGCAAGAAGACACCCAAGGGUGGAAAGGCUGCACCACUUCAGAAGGCCCUCAAAGCCCAGAAGAAGAUCCUGAAGGGUAUCCAUGGCUCACGUGUGAGGAAAAUUAGGACUUCGGUUCAUUUCCACCGACCAAAGACCUUCAGACCCCCGAGGAAUCCAAAAUACCAGCGAAAAUCUGUUCCCAACAGAAACAGAAUGGAUGCCUAUAAUAUCAUUAAAUUCCCCCUGACAACUGAAGCAGCCAUGAAGAAGAUCGAGGACAACAACACUCUCGUUUUUAUCGUGCAUACUCGUGCCAACAAGUAUCACAUCAAGGCUUCAGUUAAAAAGCUGUACGACAUCGAUGUAGCCAAGGUCAAUACCCUCAUUAGGCCCGAUGGCAAGAAGAAGGCGUACGUACGUCUGACUCGUGACUACGAUGCACUCGAUGUCGCCAACAAGAUUGGUAUAAUAUAAGAAUUUUUAUUAUUCCAUUCUACUUGUAUAAAAAUAUUAAAUAUCUGUGCUGAUUAAUAAAACAAAAAUAUCUGUGCAGAAAAUU